AUUUACACCAUGGAAAUGCCACUCUGUCUGAUUGAGUGCACGACAACAAAUCAACUGAAGGUGAACCAGGAGGCCCUGAAGAUCCUGAGCUCCUCUGAGCAGCCUGUGGUGGUGGUGUCCAUUGUGGGCAAAUACCGCACUGGCAAAUCUUACCUGAUGAACAGACUGGCUGGGAAGACCACAGGCUUCCCUCUGGGCUCGACUGUCCAGUCUGAGACAAAGGGCAUCUGGAUGUGGUGUUUGCCUCACCCCUACAAAGAUGACCAUACACUGGUUCUGCUGGACACUGAGGGUCUAGGAGAUGUGGAGAAGGGAGAUGAGAAAUAUGACACAUGGAUUUUUGUACUGGCUAUCCUCCUGAGCAGCACCUUGAUCUACAACAGCAUGGGCACCAUCGACAACGAUGCAAUAAUGAAACUACAGUUUAUGACAGAGUUGACAAAGUUCAUCAAGGUGAGAUCGAGCAGUGAAGAUGAGGAUAAAUCCUCCUCCGAGUUUGUCCAUUUCUUCCCCUCCUUUGUGUGGGCAGUGAGAGACUUCACCCUGAACUUGAAGCUCAGUGGAAAAAAAAUCUCUGCUGAUGAAUAUCUGGAGAUGGCUCUAAAACGUAAAGAAGGUGAUAUUAAGGAAACUGCUGCCUAUAAUGCUCCACGUGAGAGCAUCAGGAAGUAUUUCCCCCAGCGGAAGUGCUUUGUGUUCGACAUGCCUUCCUCAAAGGAGAAACUACAGACAUUGGAGCAAAUGAGCAGUGAUGACCUAGAUGCUACCUUUGUCAGUCAAACAACUGACUUCAUCAGUACCAUUCUCAGAUGGACUGAGAAGAAGGUUGUUGAUGGGAAGAUGGCUGUCACUGGGAAUAUGCUGGCUCAUCUGGUGGUUACCUAUGUGGACACUGUUCGGAGUGGGCAGGUUCCAUGUCUAGAGAAUGCGGUAUUGGUCCUGUCUGAAAUCAAAAACUCCAAAGCCGUUCAGCAGUCACACACCCUCUACAGGCAGCUGCUGGGAGAGCAAGUGAAGCUGCCCACUGAGACACAGGAGGAGCUCUCCAGUGUUCAUGAGGACUGCAAGAAGGAGGCACUGCAGCUCUUCAUGGCCAGCUCUUUCAAGGAUGAUAACCAGCACUACCAGAAUGAACUCAUUAAGCACAUAAAUGAUGAUUAUGAGAAAAAGUGUCAGGAAAACGCAGAGUGUUCCCAGAAACACUGCACUGAUUUACUGAAGCAGAUGUUGAGUUGCCUGGACUCAGACUCCUUCAAGAGACGAGGAGGUUACAAAGAUUACAUGAUCCAGCUGAACAUCAUAAUUCAGAAAUACAAAGAUACACCUGGCAAAGGCAUCAAGGCUGAACAUGUAUUGAAGGCGUUCAUGGAACAAAAUAAGACAAUUCAAGGAUUCAUCCAACAAGAAGACAUCCGCCUCACAGAGAAAGAGAAGGAAAUAAAGGUAAAGGAGUCAUAUGCCCACUACAAGCAGCUGAUAGAAGAGCGAGUGAAGCUGCCCACUGAGACACAGGAGGAGCUUGACAGAGUUCAUGAGGAAUGCAAGAGGGAGGCACUGCAGCUCUUCAUGGCCUGCAACUUUGAGGAUGAGAAUCAGCAGUGCCAGAGAGAACUCAUUGCUGGAAAUGCAUUGGAGGUCUUCCUGGAAAAAUGCAAGAUCAUUCAAGAAAUCAUCAAACAAGCAGACAAAUGCCUCACAGAAAAAGAGAAGGAAAUAAAGGUAAAGGAGUCAUAUGACCACUACAAGCAGCUGAUGGAAGAGCGAGUGACGCUGCCCACUGAGACACAGGAGGAGCUCGACAGAGUUCAUGAGGACUGCCUGAAGGAGGCGCUGCAGCUCUUCAUGGACUGCAACUUUGAGGAUGAGAACCAGCAGUGCCAGAGCAAAAUUGUUAGACAUAUAAAUGGGAAGUAUAAACGAAAGUGUAAGGAAAAUGCAAACUUUUCAGAGAAACACUCCACAGAUCUACUAAACCAGUUGUCAGUCAGACUGAUCCCAGAAUUCAUGAAGUUAGGAGUUUCUAAAGACUACAAGCUGCAACUGGACGCCAUCAUUCAGAAGUACAACAACACAACUGGCAAAGGCGUCAAGGAGGAGCUCUCUAGCAUUCAUGAGGACUGCCUGAGGGAGGCACUGCAGCUCUUCAUCGCCUGCAACUUUGAGGAUGAGAACCAGCAGUGCCAGAGAGAACUCACUAGGCUUAUUAAGGAGGACUAUAGGCGGAAGUGUGAAAAAAAUGCUGACCUCUCAGAAAAACACUGCACAGAUCUACUGAAACAUCUGUCAGUCACACUGAUCCCACAAUUCUUCAUGAAAGUGGGCGGAUAUAAAAACUACCAGACCCAACUGGACACCAUCAUUCAGAAGUACAAAGAUACACCUGGUAAAGGCAUCAAGGCUCAACAAGUAUUGAAGACAUUUCUGGAAAAUCAGGAGAGCUUUCAAGAAAUCAUCCAACAAGCAGAGAACAGUUUCCUAAACAAAGAGACAGAAGAAAAGGUAAAGGAGUCAUGUGACCUCUACAAGCAGCUGCUGGGAAAGCGAUUGAAGCUGCCCACUGACACACAGGAGGAGCUUGAAAGAGUUCAUGAGGACUGCCUGAAGGAGGUGCUGCAGCUCUUCAUGGCCUGCAACUUUGAGGAUGAGAACCAGCAGUGCAGGACAUUAAUCACUACACUUAUAAAUGAGGAAUACGAGCAGAAAAGGAAAGAAAAUGCUGACCUCUCAGAAAAACGGUGCAAAGAUAUACUAAAACAGCUGUCGGUCAGACUGAUUCCAGAAUUCUUCAUGAAAUCAGGAGGUUUUGAAGAAUAUAAGAGGCAACUGGGCACCAUCAUUCAGAAGUACAAAGAUACACCUGGCAAAGGCAUCAAGGCUGAUAUUGUUUUGGAGACAUUUUUAGAAAAACAGAAGAGCCUUCAAGGAGUCAUCCAACAAGCAGAGAUGGGCCUUGUAGACAAAGAGAAAGAAAAAAAAGUAAAGGAAUCACACGCCCACUACAAGCACCUGUUGGGAAAGCGAUUGAAGCUGCCCACUGAAACACAGGAGGAGCUCGACAGAGUUCAUGAGGACAGCCAGGAGGUGGCACUGCAGCUCUUCAAGGCCUGCAACUUUAAGGAUGAGAAUCAGCAGUGCGAGAGAGAACUCACUGGGCUUAUGAAUGAGGAGUAUGAGAGGAAGUGUAAGGAGAAUGCAGACCUCUCUGAGAGACACUGCAGCGCUCUACUAAACCAGCUGUCAGCAGGACUGAUCCCACAGGCUUUCAUGAAAUCAGGAGGUUAUGAAGAAUACAAGAUGCAACUGGACACCAUCAUUCAGAAGUACAAAGAUACACCUGGCAAAGGCAUUGGGGUACCAUUUUAAUGACAAUAUUUAAACGUGAAAUUUAAAUCUUACAAAUCUCACACAUAUAGUGUUUUGUGAAAUUAGAAAAUCCAUUGCAGUUGUGAGGUUAUAAGUUCAAUCUUGUGUCUAUCUCAAUGCAAAAUGGCUACUCUGUUUGAGCCUCUGUCCAUUACAGUCAGGAAAACCUUGCCUUGGCUCUUUACCAGCACAUCAUAUUCACAUUACCCUCAUCAU